AGGAGCGCAGGCGGGGCCCGACGGCAGCCACCUCCGGGACCAGACUUGGCGCGGGUGUCUCGAAGAUGCUCGAGGGCCUCGGGUCGCCCGCCUCGCCCCGGGCAGCUGCGAGCGCCUCGGUCGCGGGGUCAUCGGGGCCAGCGGCCUGCCCGCCUCCCUCGCCCCCGGCCCUGAGGUCCCCGGAGUCCCCGGCCCCCCGGCGGGGCGGUGUGCGCGCCAGCGUCCCACAGAAGCUGGCCGAGAUGCUGAGCAGUCAGUAUGGGCUGAUCGUGUUCGUGGUGGGGCUGCUGCUGCUGCUGGCCUGGGCCGUGCACGCCGCGGGCGUGAGCAAGAGCGACCUGCUGUGCUUCCUGACGGCGCUCAUGCUGCUGCAGCUGCUGUGGAUGCUGUGGUACGUGGGCCGCAGCUCCGCGCACCGCCGCCUCUUCCGCCUCAAGGACACGCACGCCGGGGCCGGCUGGCUGCGCGGUAGUAUCACAUUGUUUGCAGUCAUUACCAUCAUCCUGGGAUGCCUUAAAAUUGGAUACUUCAUUGGAUUUUCAGAAUGUUUAUCAGCCACUGAAGGAGUUUUCCCUGUCACCCAUUCAGUGCAUACUUUGUUGCAGGUAUAUUUUCUUUGGGGGCAUGCAAAGGAUAUUAUCCAGUCUUUCAAAACACUGGAAAGGUUUGGGGUGAUCCACUCGGUGUUCACCAACCUGCUUCUGUGGGCCAACAGCGUCCUCAAUGAGUCAAAGCACCAACUCAAUGAGCACAAGGAACGGCUCACCACUCUGGGUUUUGGGAACAUAACAACAGUUUUAGAUGACCACACACCACAGUGUAACUGCACGCCCCCAACUCUCUGCACUGCCAUCUCCCACGGGAUCUACUACCUCUACCCCUUCAACAUAGAGUAUCAGAUCCUGGCCUCCACAAUGCUCUACGUCCUAUGGAAGAACAUCGGGCGCAAAGUUGACAGCCAUCAACACCAGAAGAUGCAGUUCAAGUCUGAUGGGGUCAUGGUGGGCGCAGUCCUGGGCCUGACCGCGCUGGCUGCCACCAUUGCCGUGGUGGUGGUGUACCUGAUUCAUAUCGGGCGCUCCAAGACCAAAAGCGAGUCGGCACUCAUCAUGUUCUACCUGUAUGCCAUCACCCUGCUGAUGCUUAUGGGGGCUGCAGGGCUGGCUGGAAUCCGGAUUUACAGGAUAGAUGAGAAGUCACUGGACGAGUCCAAAAAUCCGGCCCGCAAACUGGACUCGGACCUCUUGGUGGGCACUGCCUCGGGCUCCUGGCUUAUCUCCUGGGGCUCAAUCUUGGCCAUCCUUUGUGCUGAGGACCACCCCUGCUACACCUGGUACAACCUACCCUACUCCAUCCUGGUGAUCGUGGAGAAGUACAUCCAGAACCUCUUCAUCUUCGAAUCCAUUCACCGAGAGCCUGAAAAACUCUCUGAGGACAUCCAAACCCUUCGGGUGGUCACAGUCUGCAAUGGCAACACCAUGCCCCUUGCUUCUUCCUGCCUCAAGAGUGGAGGUGUGGCCGGAGAUGUGGCUCCCCGGGGCAAGGACAUGUCACCAGCAGCCAGUGGAAAUGUGUGCAUGAGAGAAAGCUGUGACAAGGAGGAGAAGCAGGAGGAGAGCAGCUGGGAAGGGAGCCCAAGUCCAGUCCGCCUUCCCCAUUUCUUACAGGGCAACGCCAAGAGAAAAGUCCUGAGGAAUAUUGCAGCCUUCUUGUUCCUCUGCAAUAUUUCGCUUUGGAUACCUCCCGCCUUUGGCUGUCGACCUGAGUAUGACAACGGAUUGGAGGAGAUUGUUUUUGGCUUUGAACCCUGGAUAAUUGUGGUCAACCUGGCCAUGCCUUUUUCUAUUUUCUACCGAAUGCAUGCAGCUGCCUCCCUCUUUGAGGUCUAUUGUAAGAUAUAGUCUGGGUCCACAAGAGACUGAGGAGUGAGCUAACAAGAGUUCAUUGGCGCCAACUGGGAGUGGCCAGGUUGGACAAAUAUUGCCUGACAAAUAUGAGAAGGGCCACCUUUUGUCUGCAAAGAUUGUGCUUCCUGUGGGCUGGAACUGCCCAUCACCCCUGAUGAAUGUAAACAAGUUAGAUCAAAAUCCAUGAGGUGGCUGGAAUCUGUCCUUGGUUAGUUAAAUGCUAAUCAAGCCCAAAUUAUUUUAUUUCCUUCUAAAUGAUUUAGAAGAA